AUGAUCGAACAUGGAACUAGAAUCAAGUUCUCACCGCUAUAUGGAGUUCAAGGUAUUGGCGAGGAUCCUUUCUGCUACGUCCUUGACUUGGACGGCUUUAAAAUCCUACUUGAUUGCGGGUGGAAUGAUAGUUUCGACGUGAACUUGCUAGAGCCUCUUGCAAAAGUUGCAGCGGAGGUAGAUGCCGUUCUCAUCUCCCAUCCCGACACUGAACAUUUGGGCGCGUUACCGUAUGCAUUUGGCAAGCUUGGCAUGCGUUGCAAGGUAUACGCAACGCUCCCUGUGCACAAAAUGGGACUUAUGUUCAUGUAUGAUCACUUUCUUUCGCGCAACGCGAAUGAAGAUUUCAGAGUCUUUACACUUGAUGACAUAGAUACUGCCUUCAGCGCUUUUGUACCAGUGCGAUACGCGCAACGAUCAGCUCUAGUCGGUCACGGGGCCGGCAUUACAAUCACCCCAUAUGCAGCUGGACACAUGCUGGGGGGUGCGCUUUGGAAGGUGCACAAAGAAACAGACGAUGUUGUUUACGCUGUUAACUUCAACCAUAGAAGGGAGAAACACUUGAAUGGAACCGUUCUAGAAUCAAUCAAACGACCGGCAGUGCUCAUUACUGAUGCAUCCAAUGCACGACGACUUCCUCCAUCCAAAACGCGAGAAAAUGACUUGAUUGAAGCCAUAUUGCGCACUGUGCGGCAAGAUGGUAACGUGCUCAUCCCAAUUGAUCCUGCCGGUCGUGUCCUGGAACUUUUACUGGUUUUAGAAGAAAGAUGGUCGCAAAAGCAACUUGCAGCCUACCAGCUCGUAUUGCUCACUAAAGUGGCGUACAAUACUCUUGAGUUCGCCCGUAGUCAUCUUGAGUGGAUGGGUGAGCAUGUUGGUCAAUAUUUUGACAGGGAGCGCCACAACGCCUUUAACACCCGUCACUUAAAACUAUGCCACUCUAUUGAUGAAUUCCGCGCGUUGCCUCAAGGACCCAAAGUUGUCCUCGCGUCAUUUGGUUCCCUCGAUGCUGGGGCAUCCCGACAUAUAUUCGUGGAGUGGGCCCCAGACCCUCGAAAUUUGAUAGUUUUCACCGAUAGAUUGCAACCAGGCUCACUUUCACGCGAGGUAUGCAGAUUAUCACAGCUGCCACCCGGUGCACGAUUACCUCUGAGGAUCUCUCUGUCGCAAAGAUUAAAACUCGUUGGUGACGAGUUACUUGAAUGGCAGGGGAAGGAAAUUUCAAGAUCGCAAGCAUUGGUCCCGAUUAAAAGUUCAACAAAGUAUAGGGUUUUGAGGGAACCCAAACCAGUGAUUGAAUCAUGUAAACCUAAUUUGGAUACUCAAUGUACAACAAUGCAUUCUCAAGCCUCGCAUCGCGGUGGUCGAUGCUACGUGCUUGAUGGCAUUAACCAAGUCAACAAUGCAAAUGUUGCGAUCUUUGACGAUGAAUCAUGGUAUCCAAAUGUGCUAGACUUUGGAGAGACAAUCACAUCUGAAACCUUUGAAGGGUAUGUCCAAAUCGGAUUGCAAAACGACCACCGCAGCGGCGAUCGCAUCGAAGAAAGACCUGGAGAAUUCGGUCAUACCUCAGAUCCUGGAAGGGUUUACCCCGAUACACAAUUUAUGGGACUCGAAGAUAGUCCGACAAAAAUAUUGACAGAAACGCAUGAUGUCUAUUUGCGGGCGGCUGUGCAUAUAUGCGACUUUGAAGGCAACUCUGACGGUCAUAGCAUCCAAACCAUUCUAACUCAUUUAGAGCCACGCCGAGUAAUACUUGUUCGUGGUAACCCAUCAGAUACCGACUUUCUGCGCAUGCAGCUUCAGAAGUCACUUUUGCGGGCAGAAAUCCAUGCGCCGAAACAAUCUCAGAUGGUUGAAUGUAUCUCAGAAAACACGACAUUUCGCCUUGAGCUGUCCCAGGACCUCUUGUCCCAUACCCAUAUGCGCGAUGUGGCGGGAUAUCAAGUUGGUUGGGUGGAGGGCAAUGUUUUGAUAUCCAGAGGAGGAGGUGACCCUGCAGCUACACUAGUCCCAGCCAAGUCGGGAAUGAUUUGCGAAGCACAGCGCACUGGACUGCAACCAAAUACCGGAGCAUCUCAAACUGCGACAAGGGAGACAAGAACACAAGACGCUCGCGUUGGUUUAGACUUCAGUCGUGAAAUAGAUGAGCAAUCGACAGCUUCAGAGCUUUUCCUAGAUGAACUUGUUGUGAAAAAACCUGCAGCACUUGUUGGAAGCCUCAAACUUAGUGACUCUAGGUUGGCGUUGGCGGCAGCAGGUUGCGCAACUGAAUUCCGUGGAGGCGCGCUGAUGUGCACAGGAGACAAAGUACGUGUUAGGAAAACGGUAAAUGUGAUGGGUGCAGAAAACCUUCUACUCGAAGGGAAUCUGUGUGAUACAUUUUUCAGUGUACGUUCGACGUUGUACCAUCACCACCAAGUAUAGGUGAGAAAAAUCAAAUCAACGGGUGAAGUCGUCAGACGGGCUCUUGAGGGACCAUGUAUGCAUGGCCACAAAUGCAGGUAGAAGGCGAUACACAUCUCCCGAGCCCGCCUGGCUAGGUGGAAAACCAGUAUGACGUCUGCCAACUUGAAAUUUAGAAAACACGAACGAAACUUUAUUAAUCGGCGGCCUUAGACUAUAUAUAGAUACUUUUAUAUAUUUUAAGGGUUACAUAUAUACUCGAAGCAAGGAUAUAUAUGUAUAUACCUUGAUAAUAAUAAUAUAACUAUUAUAUACCUCA